UUUUGAGUUUGCCCUGAACCUGAAGCUAAGGCCACCACAAGAUGGGUGUCACUCUUUGGUUGGGAUCAGGUUUGGUGGCUGUGGCAUGCUGUUACGUCCUGAUCAAGUUAAUACAGCUUUAUGGAUCUACAAGGAAACGUAACGCGAUGAUCGAGCGAUUUCCUGGCAAUAAGUCAAACUUUCUAUUCGGGAAUUUACUUGAGUACCCGGGGCCUAACGAGGCAGGCUUAAAAUACCAGCGAGACAUGACUGCUCUGUAUCCUCGAGUAUCUAGAGGCUGGCUUGGACCAUUUAUUCCACUGAUAAUUGUCAAUCACCCAGAGACAGUGAAGGCCAUCAUGAAGACAUCAGAACCUAAAGGGAAGCAGAUCUACCGCCUGAUUGAGCCGUGGAUUGGAGAUGGACUGCUACUGUCUGGGGGCAGUAAGUGGAGAAGGAAUCGCCGACUCCUCACUCCAGCAUUCCACUUUGAUAUAUUGCGACCAUACCAGAAACUCAACAAUCGCACAGCUGACGUAUUUAUUGAUAAGCUUGACAGAUUCCACCUGGAGGGAGAUGGAUACUUUGAAGCUUUUUCACAUGUCUCCCAGUAUACCCUAGAUGUCAUCCUGCAGUGUGCUUGCUCCUACAAGACUGAGUGCCAGAGCAUAGGCGACAAACAUCCCUAUGUUCGCUGUGUAACAGAGAUGCUGGAGCUAAUUACAGAUAGAUUCUUUAAGCCGUGGGUACACAAUGAUUUUAUCUACCUGCUGACGAGUGACGGCCGGCGCUUUAAGAGACACUGCGACUAUGUACACAAGGUGGCGGAGGACAUCAUCAUCAAGAGGCGGGAAUCAAUGAAAUCUGAAGAAAAUUCUGCGGAGAAAAAGGCACUUGAUUUCCUAGAUAUCCUACUGACAGCUAAGGAUGAGGAGGGCAUUGGACUAACCGACAUUGAGAUCAGGAACGAGGUGGACACAUUCCUGUUUGAAGGCCAUGACACGACCUCUAGUGCCAUUUCUUGGACCCUGUAUUCACUAGCAGAGAAUCCCGAGAUCCAGCGGCGCAUUCAACAGGAGAUUGACGAGGUCCUUCAGGGGCGGGACUCUGAUGACAUCACAUGGGAUGAUUGUUCAAAUUUGCCAUAUUUGACAAUGUGUUUACGAGAGGCAAUGAGAAUCCAUGUGCCAGUUCCGAUGCUGUUAAGGGAGGUAACUGAGGACAUGGAAAUGUGUGGGAGGGUCGUUCCUAAGGGGACCAUGAUCACUAUAAGUUUAUACAGACUUCACCAUAACCCUGAAAUCUGGGAAAACUCCUUGGUGUUUGAUCCGGAGAGAUUUACACCAGAGAACAUGGAGAAACGAGACCCAUUCGCCUUCGUACCUUUCUCCGCAGGGCCAAGGAAUUGCAUUGGACAGCAUUUUGCUAUGCACGAAAUGAAGACGAUCCUUGCGAGAAUUCUUCGAAGAUUCGAUUUGGAGCUCGACCCCAAUCACAAAGUCGAGAAGAGAGAGGCUCCUGUGAUGAAAUCGCAGACCGGUAUAAGGAUGAAAGCCACGCCGAGGCAGCGUGUAGCAUAACUUUGCAUAUACUGGUCAUCUGUUAGUCAUCAUGAACAAUUUACAUUUUCCAAGAACAGUUAGCUAGUGGUCUUGCCAGUAAUCAAAUCUGUGUUUGUAAACAAAUGGUUAUGAUGUCAAACAGAAGUUAGGCAAUGCAUGCGUUGUCAAAUACAUCAUUAAGAUGUACACGUAUAGACUGUUAAGUUGUGAUUUACAUGUCCAUAAUGUUUGUAUCUUAUCAUAUUUUUUUAGUAUUUACUAAAGCACAAAAUGUUGUUUCAAUUUCCGCUUAAAUCCUCCAGUGUAGAGGUAGACAUGCUUAUUUCUGUAAGUAUUGUUUAGAAUGGCCAGUCAAACGAUAUCCUAUAGGCUCUGUCGUUUUAUCUUACAUAUUAUCAAAUGUAAUAAAAAGAACAUUUAUUCUUAUUUAAAUAGCACAAUUUCACGUUUAUUAUUAAAGAUAUCGUGAACAAUUCCAUAAUGACUUGUAAAACAAUGGGUUCUUUAGCGUGGUAUUCCCACAUUGUUGACAUACGAAGGUAAAACUCUGUCACAAUAUAUAUAUACAAUUAUAAGCAGUAUGGUUACUUGAAUAAAUAACAUAGAAUGUGACAUGAUAAACGUCAGUAUCAUUUGAUUUACACUUCAGGUGAUUGUGUUCAAGAUUGUGGUAAUGAUUGUGAAUAUGACUAAUUGUGAUUAUGAAUGAUUAUGAUUGUGAAUAUGAUUGAUUGUGA